CUACAUCAACCACAUCACGACUCAGUGUAUUCAAGCAGCUACGCUCUGACCUUGAAAACCGCUUAUAUAUAUAUGGAGCUUCUUGCAGUAUUCAAUCACGAUUUCUGACAGCAACAGCAACCUGAUCCACUCAAGAUGAUGUUACAAGCGGUGCUCGUAUGCCUCGCGGCCGGUAUCGCCUUCGCUCAGACGGACAACACCACACACAACACCACUGUUACCGACACCAUAACCACCCCGGCUCACACCAGCCUCCAGACGCCCACCGCCGAUUACCCUAAUGAGAAUAAAAACGCUGGGUUACCCCCGAUCAACGCCCAUCCAACGGACCUGGGCUUAAACAACCUUUUAACCUGGAUUCGUGGCGGUUCCAUUAGUCAGGGAAUCCCAGCCAUGAAUGGGGCCCCAUUCGUCGUUGGGUUUGCCCCGCUCAUCAAGCCCGGUCAGUGCCCCCCAUUACGUACCCAUUGCCUUCCGGGUUAUGCUCAGUACCUCCGCACGACGGCGGUCCUCCCUGGCCAGAUCUGCACCGGUGACUUCGACUGCCUCGGGAAUAACAAGUGUUGUUAUGAUGUCUGCCUCAACGAGAGCAAGCCUCUGUAG